CGAGCCUUGUAAAUACGCUGGUUACCUGCGUACGGAACAGGUAUGCAAGUUAGGCGAACCCUCGUCUAAUAUCGGCAGCGGUUUCGCCGCCGGUGCGUAGGGUACGGACAUCGUGCACUAAGCGCAAGUUAGAUGACCAGUAUCCGCAAAUGACAAACAUCGAUCUCUGAUUCCCUCCUGAAAGGGUUAGCCUGUACGCCGCCCGCGUUGGGUGGGUUCAUUACGCGCCUCCUCCUCAACCUUUCUACCACUCGCCUCCUCUUGCCUCCUCUUCGAAGAAGAAGAAGAAGAAAGGAAAUGGCGGAUUUGGGUUCCAUACGAUUCUGAUGCAGAGGAUUAGGGUUUAUAAUGCGUGCCGGAUUCUCAUAAAUCCGGAAUUCGCCUCUCAUGUCUAACCUCUGCCAUUGCCUGUCCCUCCCUUCUCCUUCCAUCUCUAGGGUUAGGGUUUCCAGCCGUUCCAAAACCCUAUCUUCCUUAAGCAAGAGCUUACGCAGUGUCGGAUCUCCUUUGACGAGUUCAAACAAGAAAUGGAGAUUUUCUUGCUUUAUACCACAAGAGCCUUCUUCGGGCGCCGGCCAUCCCGACUUUAUGGGAAACAAGUCUCGUAGUGAAUUGAGUAAGCCUGAAUUGGAUUCAGACCAAUCGAAGGCAGAAGGCAACAGGAGGUGGAUUCCGAAUCUUAGUAAGGCAGCUGAUGCAAUCUUCAGAUUACGGAGGGAACCCUGGACAGUACCAUGGACAGCAGAAACCAUUAUUCAGGUUAUGCUCCUCUGGAUUGCUUCCUUCUGGUUGGUAGGAUCCUGGAUAAUUCCAUUUUUAGCCCAUGCUGCUGGUUUUGGCAAAGAAUCUUUGACGCACAGAGGUCAAGCUCUUUACAGCCUCUUGACAGACGUGGCAGAAGGUCUUGCAGGGAUUGCGAUCCUCCACCGCUGCCUUGCCAGAUUCCGGCCUCUUCCUGCUGAUUGGUUCCGAUUCAGCCUCAGAGGAAAUUGGCAAUUUGAUGUUGGUUUAGGGUGCCUGAUGUUCCCUUUGGUCAACCUGCUAUCACAGGUGAACAUUGAUCUGUUGCCACAGUUGCCCGCUUCUCCCAUCAGUGCAUCGAGCGUGGAGCAAUCGAUUGUGGCACGUGACCCAGUGGCAAUGGCCCUGUAUGUGGUGGUUGUGUCAGUGUGUGCGCCUGUGUGGGAGGAGAUUGUGUUCAGGGGAUUUCUCCUGCCUUCCUUGACCAGAUACAUGCCAAUGUGGUGCUCAAUCUUGGUUAGUGCAGUGGCUUUUGCGUUGGCACAUUUCAAUGCACAGAGGCUGCUGCCGCUUGUGUUCCUUGGAGUGGUGAUGGGCACUGUAUUUGCACGCUCGAGGAAUUUGUUCGCGUCGAUGCUCUUGCAUAGCCUUUGGAAUGGUUUUGUCUUCCUGGAUCUGAUGAAAUGAUGUCCAAAUUCCCUUCAGCUGUAUCAUGUGUUUAUUGAUUUCCUCCUCAGUCAUCAGCUUAUGGUACUUGCAGCAAUGGUCUUGGUGGCAACAUUGUUGCUUGAAGGGCCCACCCAUGCAAUGCCCAAAAUCCGAUUCUUGACUGCAUGUGGUUGCCGAUAGGAGCAGGAGCAGGAGCUCGAGGGUUGAGGCUUGGUGGAAUGACUGGUUCUGACCCUUGUGCAGGAUGGAAAUGACCUAGGGCUAUGUAGGGCAUAUGCAUCAUUUGUAUCAAUAUUUUGCAGUGGCACAAUAUUUAAUGUUUUCUUAUUGAACAUUAUUUAAUCACGAAAUUGAGGUGAGAGUAAGAGUGCUCUCAAGCCAUUCAAUUUGUGUCA